UCCGGGAACGCUGGAGCAAAGGGCCAAACAGACCAGGCCGGGUUAGAGAAAUCAAUGAGAUUAGUGAAACAUUCUUAAUUAGUUGUUCAUUUUCUGAAAAUCUAAAAGGCACAACCUAGAUUCGAGUUAAUGUCUUAAGUAGUUUAACAUGUUAUUACUCCAACCUCAUGAAAGUGACAAACUGACACGUUAUCAUUUUCGUCAAAAAAACUACUUUAUAUCAAAGGAGUGCCUCUGAUUUGCGGCGUGCACAUGCGCACUUAGGCGCCAGGCGACCCUUAGACCAGAUUCGUUGAUUCUGCUCGCCAACGUCGCCAUUACAUCGCCUACACGCGUGAUCGGGGAUUUCUAUUGGAGAAACCGUUUCGGACUAUCUUCAUACUGUACUGUCUUUGAUUAUAUAUCCGGGGUGGAGAUGGGAUGAGGGGAAAUGAAGGAACAGACGUCGUUUCAAAGCAUCAAUGAGUAGAUGGAAGAAACACACACAACAACCAUUUGUUUACAUCGAUUCAGAAAGCUUAAAUUCGUUCGACGUAAUGAACUACAGCUCCCACAAACCAUUGCAGAAUUAGCCUUUUUCCGGGUUCUUCGAACUUGCUAGUUAUCAGCUGAAAGCAUAAGGUGGAUGUGUGUUCCGUUGGUGAGCAGCGAUGCCCCUGGAGGUGAAAUGGCCGUUCCCACAGUGCCCGCAGCUGGCCUGGAAGGUGACCAGCACCCUGGUCAUGGGCGUGGUGGGCUCAUACAGCUACUUCUGGACCAAGUAUCUGAACUGUAUUACGGUUCAUAAUCAGGAUGUUCUAUUUGACCUGAUAGACCAACGCCCACCUGACACACCCCUCAUCACACUGUCCAAUCACCAGUCCUGUAUGGACGACCCACACCUCUGGGGAGUUCUGAGACUCAGACACCUCUGGAACUUCAACAAGAUGCGCUGGACUCCGGCUGCGUCGGACAUCUGUUUCACCAAAGAGUUACACUCCAGAUUCUUCAGCAGAGGGAAGUGUGUUCCUGUCUGCAGAGGUGAUGGGGUGUAUCAGAAAGGCAUGGACUUUAUUCUGGAGAAGCUGAAUGGAGGAGACUGGGUACACAUCUUCCCUGAGGGUAUGAGCGAUGUCUUGCCCAAUGAGCGACCCUACAUCCCUCGUACUGGACAGAGAAUCACAGUCCUGAUAGGGAAUCCAUUUACAGUCAAAGAUCUUCUGGAGUCUCUCCGACAACAGCAGAAGAGCCAGAUGGAGAUGAGGAAGGCCCUGACAGAUUCCAUCCAGGAGGAGUUUCGUAGCCUGCGGACCAAGGCUGAGGCUCUCCACCAGCGGGUACAGACCACUACCUGAGCCCCAGGCUCCAGCCCGGCCUCCACACCUGGCCCCUACCCUAACCUCUGGGUACCAACUCAAUAUAGAGUGGACAAAGAGACUGACUGUAUACACACACACACACAAACAGGAAACUAGAUUCACACACACAUACCUGUGCCUCAUAGUGUGUGCAGUCCAACCUGCUGUCUGAUAAACCAGUGGUCACCAAUGUGAUAAUUGCAAGGAGUAUCCUGCUAUGCACCUCAAAAAUCAUUCAGUCAACAUACAGGCAACGUUGAGAAAACAUUGUUCUUUGCUUCAUGUUUGAAACCAAUUCAACGGGAAUGUCCAUAGAGCCAAUGUUGUGUUUAACAGGCAUUUUAUCAACCGUCCAGUUCCCUCCCGUGUUAUGAAGUCACGUGACACUCACCUCUGUCCCCACGGUAACAGCAGAACUAUCAGUAGUGGAGUGAAGUGUGGUUCCCACAGUAACAACAGAACUAUGAGUGGUAGAGAAGUGUGGUUCUCACGGUAAAAGCAGAACUAUGAGUAGUAGAGAAGUGUGGUUCUCAUGGUAACAGCAGAACUAUGAGUGGUAGAGAAGUGAAAUGUGGUUCUGAUCCUCUGGCAGCUUAGCAGGAACUGACAUACAGCCAGGAAAAACUACGGGUCCUAAUCACAAAUCAUUUCACUUUGUGCCCUCAAUCUCUCUCUCUUUUGCACUCUGUUUCUCUCCCGUUGUCCAUCUCUCUGUUUCUCUCCCGUUCUCCAUCUCUCUAUUUCUCUCCCGUUCUCCAUCUCUCUGUUUCUCUCCCGUUCUCC